AUGGCUGACACUACCAUCAAGGCCCAAACUGAGGGUCAGAACCUCAACGGCGCCAAUAUGAACACCAUCGCGAUUGAGGACUUGUACGACAAGGACAAGUUCGACAUGUCGACCAUGGAGACUGACAACAUUUUCCAGCUCCUCAAGACCAGCGAAUCUGGUCUUACCACCGCCGAGGCUGAAUCCCGUGUUGAGAAGUUCGGCUACAACCGUCUGGAGCAAAAGACUGUGAACCCGAUCAUGCAGUUCUUGGCCUUCAUGUGGAACCCUCUUUCUUGGGUCAUGGAGGCUGCUGCCAUCGUCGCCAUCGUCCUUUCCAACGGAGGUGGUGAAGCUCCUGACUGGCCCGAUUUCGUCGGUAUCGUCCUCCUCUUGCUCGCCAACGCCACCAUCGGUUACAUCGAGGAGCGUCAGGCCGGAAACGCCGUCAAGGCCCUCAUGGCCUCCCUCGCUCCCCAGGCCAAGAUCAAGCGUGAUGGCCAGUGGGCUACCCUCGAGGCCUCUUCCUUGGUUCCCGGUGAUGUCAUUGCUAUCAAGCUCGGAGAUAUUGUCCCCGCUGAUGCCCGUCUUAUUGAUGCCGUCAACAUCUCGAUCGAUCAGGCUGCUUUGACCGGAGAGUCCCUCCCCUCGAACAAGCACAACGGUGAUGAGAUCUUCUCUGGUUCGACUGUCAAGCAGGGAGAGGGUGAGGCUGUUGUCAUCGGUACCGGUUCCAACACCUUCUUCGGUCGUGCUGCCAAGCUUGUCCAGAUGGCCGGCGAUGAUGUCGGACAUUUGCAGAUCGUUCUCGGUCGCAUUGGUCGCUUCUGUAUUGUCUCGAUUGCCUUCUUCAUCAUUCUUGAGAUCCUUGUCAUGUAUGCCGGUUUCCGCUUCACCUACCGCCGUGGUAUCAACAACAUCCUUGUCUUGCUCAUUGGUGGUAUCCCCAUUGCCAUGCCCACUGUCCUCUCCGUCACCCUCGCUAUUGGUGCCCGCCAGCUCGCUGAGCACAAGGCCAUUGUUACCCGCAUGUCUGCCAUCGAGGAAUUGGCUGGUGUUACCAUUCUCUGCUCUGACAAGACCGGAACUCUUACCCUUAACGAAUUGACCAUCGAUCUCGCCAACGUCAAGGCCUACUCCUCUGUCUCCCCUGAGGACAUUAUCCUCUUCUCUGCCUACGCCUCCCGUGUCGAGAACCAGGAUGCCAUCGAUACCUGUGUUGUCAAAUCCCUUCCCGACCCCGCUUUGGCCCGCCAGGGAAUUGAGCAGCUCGACUUUAUCCCCUUCAACCCUACCGACAAGCGUACCCAGAUGACCUACCGCCGCCUCUCCGACAACACUGUCCACCGUAUCUCCAAGGGAAUGUCGUCCAUCAUUCUCGAUCUCUGCACCCGCGACAAGACCGACGCCCAGAUUGCUCAGAUGCACGCUGAUGUCGAUGAGUUUGCCCGCCGUGGUCUUCGUGCCCUUGCUGUUGCUAUGGAGGAGGUCCCCGAGGGCCUCAAGGACUCUCCCGGAACUGGUUUCACUCUCAUCGGUCUUUUGCCCAUCUACGAUCCCCCCCGUCACGAUACCAAGGAGACCAUUGACCGUGCUCAGGCUUUGGGUGUCAAGGUUAAGAUGAUUACCGGAGACCAGCUUGCUAUUGCCAAGGAGACCGGUCGUCGCCUCAAGCUCGGUGACCACAUGUUCAACGCUUCUGUCCUCCGCGAUGGUCCCCCCGCCGAUGAGAACGUCAAGGCCAACACUAUUGAUGAGCUCGUCCUCGAGGCCGAUGGUUUCGCUGGUGUCUAUCCCGAGCACAAGUACGAUAUUGUUGCCCGUCUCCAGAACCUCGGUCAUUUCACUGCCAUGACUGGUGAUGGUGUCAACGAUGCCCCCGCUCUUGCCAAGGCCAACGUCGGUAUUGCUGUCGCUGAUGCUUCCGAUGCUGCCCGCUCUGCUGCCGACAUUGUCUUGACCGAGCCCGGUCUGUCUGUUAUUAUCGAUGCCAUCCUCGGAUCCCGCCAGAUUUUCCAGCGCAUGCGCAACUACUCUGCCUACACCUGCUCGAUCACCAUCCGUGUCGUUCUUUGCUUCUCGAUCAUGGUCUUUGCCUGGAAGUUUGAUUUCCCUCCCUUCAUGAUUCUUAUCCUCGCCAUCCUCAACGACGGAACCAUCUUGACCAUCUCCAAGGAUCGCGUCGUCCCUUCGCAGUUCCCCAACCACUGGGACCUCAAGGAGAUUUUCGGCUCUGCUAUCGUCUACGGUAUCUACCUCACCCUCUCGACCCUCGUUUUCUUUGCCGUCGCCGUCCACACCCAAUUCUUCCAGAACAUGGGUCUCAGCCAAUGGGACCGUGAUUACGGUGAUGAGGGUAGAUACAACGAUUACCGUCUCCACUCGAUUGUCUACCUCCAGGUUUCUACUCUCUCCCAGGCUUUGAUCUUUGUCACCCGCUCCCAGGGCUUCUCCUUCAUUGAGCGUCCCUCUGCCAUCUUGGCCUUGGCCUUUGUCUUUGCCCAGGUCAUUGCCACCUUGAUCGCCGUCUACGCUAACUGGGGCUUCACCCAGAUCGAGGGAUGCGGAUGGGGUUGGGCUGCCGCCGUCUGGGUCUGGAACCUCGUCUGGUACUUCCCUCUCGAUCUCAUCAAGUUUGGUCUCGCCCGUGUCUUCAAGCCCAAGUCGCACGCCGAGAUUGUCCAGAGAGAGAACGACCUCCAGUUGGCCCGUACCCGCUCGACCCGCUCCUUCUACUCCUCCCACUUCGACCAGUACACCAACCAGCCCCGCAACUUCUCCCGCAAGAACUCUGUCGGUGGUCCCGUCACUACCGAUGGCAAGUCCCUUGGCGUUUCUUCGCACGAGAUGCGUCGCUUCAGCACCAUCCAGGCUUCUCAAGUCUCUGCUGCCUUGGCCGGUCCUUCGCACUAA